AGUUCUCGCAUAGGUAUCUAUUAGGAAAGCUGGGGAUCAUUGCGUUCUCACUAGAGCUUGAGCCUGAUUAGGUAUUACCUGAAAUAAGUUUCGCGUGCAGAAGAAACACAAACCAAGUAUUUACUCACCCUGCAACUAGCCAAAACACACGAAAAGAGGAUGUCCGACCCCGAAGGAGACUUGGAUGAGGCUUUUUCUUUCAUGCCAUUUUCACGGUCCUCCACAGAAGGCCAGACACCCCGUCAAAGGUUACGCCGAGCACCCGACUCGCCGAAUGAAGCGGUGCCUCCAAGUGGCUCUACGAGGUCAUCCGCAAAGGACGUGGAAGGAAGUGGGCGCUUAGAUGCCACUUCUACGUCUGUGCUGUCAGGAUCAGAAACGAAUUCGAAGAGCAGGGACACAGCGACCACUGUGCUGGUGGGAGUUACGAUAGAAAGAUUAAUAGAGCUCCUUGUUUUUAUCUGCAUUUUUGUGAUCCAUUGUGAAACUAUUACAAUUUUCUAGAAUUAUACGUACAUUUGGUGAUGCUCUUAAUACGUACAUCUGGUGAUCAUGCUUUUUCAUCUGGUCGUGGAAUUCGAGUUUGCUAAGAAGCCUAGACUGCGAAUCCUCAGCGUCGCGCACGUUUUGUAAUCCUCGUGUCGUGCCUGAUUUAAUUUUUCUCGCUCUAACCUCCAUUCCGUCGCAUCUUCCAGCUCAUCUCAGCAGAUGGUGCCAAAUAGCCAAGAUGGAGGUCUAGUUUUACCUCGUCACUUCGAUUCCCAACGUCUCACCUGGUCAUCUAGGGCAGCAGCAGAAAACCUUUACAUCCCCGCCACGAAGAACCAUACAGGCACAUUGGUCGGGUCUGAUCUUUACAUCUUUGGUUAAGGCCGUGGCUUAUAGCGAAUUAGACUUCAGGACUUUACACAUCAUCCUCCGCAACUACUGUUCGUAGUCGUUCUUUUCCUGAACAAGGAGUAUGAAAUCAGGCGCAAGAAUAAAAGUAGUAGACUAGAUCAUUUACUGCUUGUACUUCGUGGGUAGAGUUUCUCACGUUGCGUCUGCUGUCUUCUUGUCUGAGGGCACAGUGCGUCGCAUGGUCUAGAGGCUGGCACGCUAGCCAGCCGUAGACUUCAUGAAAUGGAAUACUACUCUCGGAGUCGUCUCCUCUAACUCCCUGUGGAAUGUUAUACAGAUCUCGGAGUCUUCUCCUCUAACUCCUCGGUUACGACGGCGGGAAGAACCACAAUACAUUGUUCGUGUACAAUGUUGACACGCAUGAGUGGUCACAGCCGAAUCCAGGUGGGUUGAGGCCUUCAGGCAGAAACGGGCACUCAGCCACGCUUAUUUUCGGAACGCAGAUCCUAAUCCUAGGCGGCUGGCUAGGCAACGGACCCUUGGCGGCUGGGGACGUGCACAUAUUGGAUUUAUGAAGACCAGCAUGAUAGUGAUCCUACUUGUUCUACGGAGUGACUCGAGUAUUGAAGUGACGUGAACCUUUCUAUUUCUGUAGUACCAUCCCACAUGAUCCUAGAUUUUUCGUUUACUCUAGUAGAACAAGAUGCACAACAUUCUCCAACCCUCGCCUCUCUUCAUUCCUAACUGCCCGCUUUGAAUGGAUUCAGCCUGAUUUUGAGGGCGAGCCGCCAGGACCUUGCAACAUGCAUACAUCAGACCUCGUAGGGCAGGACUUAGUCCUCGUAUUUCGCGGUGGGGAUGGGCGAGCUUAUCUCAACGACUUACACGCUUUGGACUUGAAAAGUCGUACUUGGUAUCCCUACCGGAGUACAGGACAGCUUCCGCCGCCUCGUGCAAAUCACUCAGCGUGUGUGCAUAAGGAAACGUUGUUCGUUUUUGGCGGAUGGGAUGGAUCGAAAAGGUAAAAACAAGUAGGAGCACAUGUUUUGCUUUUGAAAGCGAUGGAACAACAAAAAAAGAGGGCAUAGUCAAUCAUAAGGUACGAUAUCCACCUUGCGGAUGCCCGCGAUCUUCUACAUACCUUAUCUAUGAUCAUGUGAGCAAAACUACAUUUCGAUCUCUUCUUCCUUAACAGGUUAAACGACCUUUACGCUUUGGAUACGACAACCCAAAGUUGGUCGUAUUUGCGUGUCUCAGGCCAAGCACCACAAGCGCGCGCUGGCAUGUCGCUUUCAAACGUUCAUGGGUUGCUCUACCUCAUCGGCGGAAGCGGGCAUACAACUCGUUGCUUCAACGACUGCCACAUCUAUGACCCCAAGGGCAACACUUGGUUGGAGGGUCAGCCGCUCACGUGCACCUCAGAUGAUACGGGAAGCGAGAGUCAUGCAAUGGAGAUGAAGUUGCAAAGUCGUGUAAGUGGCGGACAGCAAGAUCCACUGCCUGGCAUUAAUAACACUGGCCUUCUUCGUUGUACAACUAAUACUUGUUCUCAACAAGCAUUGGUCCCAGAGCGACGCGCUGGGCAUGCAUGCGUCGUCGUGGGACGUAGGCUUUUCAUCUUCGGUGGUGCAUGCGGUUCGCAGUAUUUCGAGAAGGGCGUUUGCUACAUCCUCGAUACUGAUGCGGCGCCUUUGGUCAGUGGAGACGCCACAACGCUUGCACACACAGCUGGCGCAGCAGGCAUGCAAAAUUUGUUGCAGAAGCAAAGUGGGGCACAAUUAGCUACCUACUUCGACAGUGAGCAAUUUUCCGACGUCCUAUUCACUUUCCAUGGCACGUCGCGGAAGAUCUACGCGCACAGAAUACUUCUCAGCAUCUUCUCAGAGCAUUUUCGGAGUAUGUUCUCAAAUAACUGGCGAGAAGCCAGGGAAAACGAAGUGCGAUUGCCACCGGACAUCGAAUACUCUGUAUUUCGUGCCAUACUGACGUUUAUCUACUUACGGAUGGGGCUUGUUGAGAUUUUGAAGAUAGAUAGUUUCUUUGCAGGUAGAAGUAGAAGAGGCUUUUCGAUGUGGAUCAUCCCAGUAGGCUUAGAGAAAGAUGCGCAUGUCCUAGUAUCGCCAAAAGAGGUAUUGAAUGAUCAAAUCAUCUAAUCAAAACCGGCGAUAUUCCGGAACUUCUUAGUGGCAGUGCAGACGUCGACGCGAUAGGAGAGAAGCCUCCUUGUGGUACAUCGUGCACGUCUAGUAGCAAAAAGGAAGAGCAGGUGCAUUUUCUCUUGCGGCUUUUGCGUGCAGCGGACGAGUUCUGCAUAGACGCGAUAAAACUGAAGUGCGAACAGCGACUUUGUCAGGUGGUUGAUGCGUCGACUGUGUCACUGGUACUAGCGGAAGCAGACCGAUAUGGUGCUCAUGGUCUCACGCGUUACUGCAAUUGGCUGUUGAGGCAGUUGCACCCAGCAAGCCCACCUAAUAGCCCGUCGCUGAUCGACUGAGAGAGCAUCUGAGGAAUGGCGCGGAGAGGACUUCUGCUUAGCUAGGAGUGAACGCAGUAUUUAAAGGAUUACUACUUACGGACAAUACAGGCGCACUUCGUAUACUUGAACUUCUGAAUGAUCUGAUCCAAAGUCGCAUGGUUGAUCUUUAUUUCGGUUUCGUCUUUUUAUUAGACGUAAUUUUUAGCGACACAUUUUUUUUUUCUACCGAUAGAUUUUACGCUCCUAGAGGACAUCAUAGAGACUGUAGUAGGUGUAGACUACUGUUCAAACAGCUUUGAAGAAUCAAUGUUGCAAGGUGCUGCGUCUACUCAAUUCUGCUCAUAGUACAAGCAGAAAUAGUGAUGCAUGUUGGGCUUUCGAAUUUCAUCAAGAUCAAAGAGUCAGUAGUCUACGACAACCAGGAGAACAAGUCGUGGUAGUCAAAAAAUGCUUGAAAAGAAACUCCUGAAAUUGCGC